AUGAUCCCUGGUGAUGGUAUUGGCCCCGAGAUCUCGGCUGCCGUGAAGCAAAUUUUCGCCGCUGCCAAGGCGCCCAUUGAAUGGGAGGACGUUGACGUGACGCCCACCUUUGACAAGUACGGUCGUUCCACCAUCCCCGAGGCGGCCAAGGAGAGCAUCAACUCGACCAAGAUUGCCCUCAAGGGUCCCUUGGGCACCCCCAUCGGCAAAGGUCACCCCUCGCUCAAUCUGACGCUGCGCAAGACCUUUGACCUUUUUGCCAACGUGCGCCCCUGCCGCUCGAUCGUGGGUUACAAGACCCCUUACGACAACGUCGACACUGUUCUGAUCCGUGAAAACACCGAGGGCGAAUACUGCGGUGUUGAGCACGAGGUGGUGCCCGGCGUUGUGCAGUCCAUCAAGCUCAUCACCCGCGAUGCCUCCAUGCGCGUGGCCAAUUACGCCUUUGAGAUGGCCCGCUCCACCGGCCGCAAGCGCGUCACCGCGGUUCACAAGGCCAACAUCAUGAAGAUGUCUGAUGGCCUCUUCCUUGAGUGCUGCCAAGAGGUUGCUAGCCGCUACCCCGACAUUGAGUUUGAGGAGCAGCUCCUGGACAAGACCUGCCUCUUGAUUACCGAGGACCCGACCCAGUUUGACGUUUUGGUGAUGCCCAACCUCUACGGUGACAUUCUUUCAGACUUGAGCGCCGGCCUCAUCGGUGGUCUGGGCUUGACUCCCAGCGGUAACAUCGGUGCCGGUGGUAUUGCCAUGUUUGAGGCCGUUCACGGCACCGCUCCCGAUAUCGCGGGCCAGGACAAGGCCAACCCCACCGCCCUUGUCCUCAGCUCCGUAAUGAUGCUCCGACACAUGAACCUGGGCGACUUUGCUGACCGUAUCGAGUCGGCCAUCCUUGCUACCAUCGCCGAAGGCAAGACCCUGACGGGUGACCUUGGCGGCAAGUCUCGUUGCAGCGAGUUCACCAAGGCUGUCUGCGAGCGUCUUUAA